CCCCGAGAGUUGUAGUUGUGAAAGCAGAUCUGACGUUAGCUUGUAGUUCUCUGCCUCAGCAGGCUGAAUUAGCUUGUCAACUUGCCUCUACGGCCGGAUACAUACUAUUUUUUUAAGUUUAAUCAAAGAGGGGUUCUUCUUCUGGCGAGGUAAUAUAAAAAAUGUCCUUACUGCUUUAUGUCGGGGAAAAGAUGAACGGAUAAGCUCGCCCUUUGGACGUUAACUUACAGUUAGCAGCUGUUAGCUCAGUCAGUAGCUAACUGUGUAACAUCAGUAAACUAAAGGUUUUAAUGACUGUGUCUGUGUUAAUGUGGAGCUUUAGUCAGUGUAGAGUCUAUAUGUUUUAUAUUUGUACUGUUUUAGUUUGAUUACAUGGUUUGGACUCUGUAGAGGAGGGUUUUAUUCAUCAUCAGACGGGGAUGGAAAUAUUUACUGUGCUAUUACUCAGAGCCUGAAUGUGACAGACUGUUCACUGCUCUGUUUCUGAAACUAAAGGUUUUGUUUUUGUCCUUUUAAAUUCCAGAUCAUGGCAGAUUUCUCGGUGAGUCCCCAGGUUUAGUUCAGGUUUAUGUCCCUCUGUGGUUUCAUGGUAGACCUGCUCACUUUCUCUGUCUCUGUCCUGGUCUGUAGCUGGCAGAUGCUUUAGGAGACGACACCCCGAGCCAGGCAAAGAAAACCAGUAACACCAACCCGUCAGCCCCUGGAAAUCACCCUCCACCUCCCUCAAACCCGGGAUGGCCUGGAUCAGCACCAGGAGCCCCCACCCAGCCCUCCGCUCCAGGUGACUACUCUGGUGGAUCCUCUGGACCUGGAGCUCCAGGGCAGUUCCCGUUUCCCUCUGGUCCAGGAGCACCAGGCCAAUACCCGGGACCUCCCUCAGCACCUGGAGGGUUCCACCCUGGCCCUGGGAUACCUGGACAAUAUCCACCUGCGCCAGGAGCUCCUGGGCAGUUCCCUUCCAGUCCUGGAGCCCCGGGUCAGUUCCCAGGGCAGUACCCACCUGAAGGAGCUCCAGGACAGCUUCCUGGAGGCCCAGUCCCUUUCCCAGGUGGACCAUUUCCCUCUGGCCCCGGAGCUCCCCCCGGGCCGUAUCCGAAUGUGCCUUUCCCAGGAGGUCAACCAGGAGGUAACGGGAUGUACGGACCGGGUGGUCCCGGUGCAUUCCCCCCUGCUCCUGGAUCAUUCCCUGCUUUCCCUGCUGCUGGAGGUUUCCCCCCCAUCCCCGCAGGAUCAUGGGGACCUCACGCAGGUGGAGGCUUCCCCUCUGCUCCUGGCCCCUUUGGUCCGGGCCCUGGGUCUAUGGAUCCUUACGGGGGUCCUGCUGCUCCAGGAGGCAUGCUGGUGAGUACGAGCGCUCCUCCCUGAUAUCCUAAUGCUGCUUGCUUGCUUCAUUUCCUUUCUGCUCUGGUGUAGAGUGGAGCAUCUCUCUGAGGGUGGUGGUCUGUGGGGGUUCAGGGUAAAAACUAAAACCAGAUAGCUGCUUAUCUUUAAUGCAGACAACUUAUACAAGUCGACCCCCUUCAAAGACACAUGAAUAUCCACUCAAUUAUAGUGUUUUUUCCUUAAAACAGAGACCUAACAGAGUGCAAUUUAAUUAAAUUUAAUUAUAUUAUCAAAGUAAGUAAGUAAACUUUAUUUGUGUCGCACUUUUCACAGACAAAAAUAAAAAUGUACACACAAAUUAAAAGGCCAAGACAACAACAUUAAACAGUCACAGCAGCCCCAAAACAAUUAAACAAAAGCCUGAGCAAAUAAAUCAGUUUGAGGUCGGCUUUUAAAGGAGUCAACAGAGUCAAUUAAGCGCAUUGAAAGAGAGGAAGAUCAUUCCAAAGCCUGGGAGCAACAGCCUGGAAGGAUCGGUCUCCUCUGGUCCGAAAACGAGUGCGUGGAACCAUGAGUAGAUUCUGAUCCACGGACCUCAGAGCCUGAGAGGGGGUAUAAGGCUGGAUCAGAUCACAAACUGAAGACAAGACAGUUCCUUUUUGUUCAGCCAUGAAAACAAACGAUUACAGUCGUCUAAACGUGACGACACAAAAGCAGGAAUGAUGAGCUCCAAGUCAUUUUGCGACACCAUUUUCUUAAGCUUAGAGAUUUUCCUCAGUCGAAAGAAGCAGUUUCUCAUCAACUCAUCAAACAAUACAGAGAUGAGAUCUCAUGGUGUGAUGAAGCCAUGUUCAAAUUAGGGCCCGAUCAUGUUAAUUUUUGGGGCCGAUGCCGAUUAUUAGGGGGGAAAACCUCAGAUUACCGAUUAAUCUGCCGAUUUUUAAUUUUUUUAAUGAAGUUAUAAAAUAUAUACAUAUAUACCGCAGAUAUCAACAGUACACUAUGAGGUCGCUGCGCCAUCUACAGGAUAAGUCGGGGAACUUUUCAAAUGGCGGAACAUUUUCAAAGUGAAACCGAAUCUUAUUCUCUGCAUUUUAUUUCUGAAAAUAUAGGCGAGUUUUGGCCGAUUACCGAUUAGUCUCAAACAGGCUAAAACUGCCUGAUUUCAUCGGCUCGCCGAUAAAUCGGUCGGGCCCUAGUUCAAAUCCUUCAACAGGGUCAGACUGGGCCUCCUCAGAAGCUGAUUGAAACAAAAACUAGAACUUUGAAAUGUCAGAAAGUUAAGAAGCAAAAACUGGCCAUGAAAACUUGGAUUAUUCUGAAAAUCCUAAUUUGACUCUCCAGAUUUCAGAUUGUUGGUAUUCAGUAAACCUGUUUAGUGGUUCCUCUGUUCUAAAACCUGAAUUUGUCUGAUUUGGAAGAAACAAAGUCGGGUUUUCUUUGGGUUUAGCAGCAGGAUGGUGCUACCUUCAGAUCCUUUCUCUCUCUCUCUCUGUCUUGGGCUCUGCUGGUCUGCAAACAUAAAUCCGAAUGGACAAAAAUCCUAAAGUAGUUAUGAAAAAUGUAUUCUUGUCUUUCAGCCCAGAUAUUAUCCUCCGUAUAAAUGAAAGCAAUGAACUCCAGUUUACAGUCGGACAAGGACGUCACCUCCAGAAUCAACAUGUGGUUUGAUUAGGCUGCAAAGACUUAAAAUAUUUACACAGCUCAGAUUUCUGCUCCACCUGCCUGGGGAAUGUAUUACCCGUAAUGAAGUGCAAUAUCAUUUUAAUUACAAGCUUCACAAACACUGAAUUCUGUUUACUCACAAUUAUGUAAGACUGUCACUGUUUUCACACCGUUCCCUCACUUUUCUAUGAGCUUCUUUGUCUUGACUUUGUUCAGCUGAUUCCCUGUCGUACUGAAAAUGAUAAAAACUCCCGUUUUAUUUUUUGGUCUAAUCUUUGUGGAUUGUGUAAGAGUGUUGAGCUAAAUGAGGGAGACGUUGAGUCAUUGGGGUGUUGUAUUAGGAAUGUGGGCCGGGUUUCACUUUUGGAUAAUGUUUAACUCCCUCUUUAUGGUGUUAGCUGUAAGUUCAGAGUAUGAAAAUGUGAACAGUUUCUGCCCCUGAGGAUGUUUGAAACAGACUAAACAACAGUGUUUCUGUGUCUUUGGAUUCUCUUGAUAAAUAAACAUACUUAACUCUACUUUCUUUUUCUGUAUUUCUUUAUUUACUUCAAAAAUAGGACAGAAAAUACGACAUUUGAUCAGUAAAAUGUCCGUUUUCUUUUGCAGAUGAUGCCGUAUGAUCUCCCGCUUCAUGCUGGAAUUAUGCCGCGGCUUGUAAUCACAAUAGUCGGGGAGCCUCAUCCAGGUGCAGACAGGUAGGAGCAACUUUGAGAAACUGUCCCCUUCUUGUUUGAUUCAGGAUUUCAGUUUCUGAGCAGGACUCUUCUACUACAGAGCCAUGCUGUUGUAGUUAAUGUCUAGAGUUUUUAUACACUUGUUGUAAAAGAGACGAGAAAAGGAUAUCGAUGUUAUUGAGGCUUUAAAAUCAGGACAAAUAUCUGUCUGUUUGUUGAGGAUGAUUAAAUAAAAAUGUUGUGAUUCUCUUUCAGGUUCCAGAUCGACUUUAUUAAAGGUUCAGACGUCGUCUUUCACUUAAAUCCUCGAUUUCAAGAACAAACGAUCGUCAGGAACUCGAACCUCGGCGGGCGCUGGGGACCAGAGGAGCGAGAUGGGAUGUUUCCGUUUGCUCCUGGACGUCGUUUUGAGGUAAAAUAUGUAACAGAAAUCGAAGUUUAGAUUCAGUGAGAUUUGAGGAAGAUGAAUAUUUUUACAUUAGUGAGAGAAAGGUGACGUUUGUCGCUUUUUACUCCCGAAGCCCAAAUUAAAAUCCAGAAAAUAUUCCUGUAUAAGGAGGUGAAAUCCAAGAAUUUUAAGUUUUUUCCUAAAUAUUAUUCAAACCAAACGAUCAUCAAUGAUAAAAGGAGAUUAUUUUAAAUGCUUAACCACUGAUACACAGUUGUGACUCUAAAAGAUAAACAGUAAAGGUUCUGUGUUCAAGCAGAGAUGUUGGAAAAUCCUCUUUAUCGUCUUUAUCAGGACUUGGACUUUGGUAACCUCAUGGACUUCUUACCAAACCUCAGUCAGCUUCAGUCUGACGCCCGUUUACAUCACCUGAGAUCAAUCAAGUCUGUGAUACCGGAGGAUUAAGGGUUAAAUAUAAUAUAGAUUAACAUCCACGUGUACAUUGUUCGGCUUUUUAUUCAGUGAGGAGCAACGAUUCAUAAUGCAGAUUUUGGUCUCUCUUUCUGUUUGUGCUGAAAAGAUUUGAAGCUUAAAAGCUUUUAGGGCCACCUGGUGGUUUUUCAAAGUAACAGCAGCUUUCAGAGCUGCAGCGUAAACUUCGCCACACUUCACUGACGGAGACGGUUUCACUCUCAUCUGUGAGAGACGAAUAAUAAAGAAGCCUGUUUGUCAUUCAGCACUUUCACUUUUCCUCCAUUAAUUCAAAUAUUAUCUUACUUUAUUUAGAAGUGACAGAAACAGACUGUGUGUGUCCAAAAAGAAAAAAUAUGGUAGGACUGUGCUGGCAAGAAACAAAUGUAUUUUUUUUAAUAAACUUUUCCAAACAACAAUCCAAAAAUCUCCUUUUCUAACCAUAUCCUUUUCUAGAUCACAUUCAAACUGAUGAGCUGAUCACAUCCCUGUGAUGUAGUGUGCAGUACGAUCCAGCAGAGGGUGCUCUGAGCGUAACCUGACCAUUAAACGGCACUCUUGACCUCGGUACAUUAAUACAGUGAUGCAAAUAUGGAGAACGUGUGCAGUCCAAGCCGUCUUUAGCCGACAAUCACGUCUCAGAACCAUCUGAGAGAUUUCUUUUGGAAGUAUUUUUUUGUUUUAGACCAACGAUUUAAAGCGAAUAUCGUCAUGUUAGCAUUUUUUAGUACAGAAAGCUUUUUCGGUUUAAGUCUUACCAUAUAUUUUUGAGUGACUGUGACUUUAGGAGGGUUCACUAUAUUUAUGUUUUCAAGUAUGAGCAUUUCCUGUUGUAUACUUUUAAACUUUGGAAUGGAUGGAAAUAAUGUUUGAGAAAAAUUGAUUUUUUUAGUUUGUUGCAUUUGUCAACAUGGAAGAGGAGGAGCUUAAGGCUUAUACUGCAGCCAGCCAACAGGGGGAGCUGUCAGUCUUUCUCCAGAUUCACCAAAACAUGAAUUUAAAUUUCUGGUAUUUGCAGUAAAAACCUCAGAUCCUGACUCUGACUCUGAUGUGUGUUUGUGUCCUUGCAGCUGAAGAUCCUGGUGGACGAGGACAUGUUCAAAGUGGCCGUGGACGGAAACCACCUGCUGGAGUACGAGCACAGAGUGGGCGGGCUCGAACAGGUGACCCUGAUUCGGGUGGCCGGGGACAUCGCCCUCUACAGCGCGGCCCCGAACAUGAUCUGAACUCGGAGGUCACACACUCACCUCCUGAUGGAGUUUUUGAGGCACAAACAGUCGGUGACGGGCGCUCUUUGCUCGCCUGACUCAUUUAUUACAGAGCAGAUGGUAAAUUAAUCCAGGUCUCUACACUAUAAUCUCGUUUUUUAGGUUUACCCGGUGACAUUUCAGUUUUUAAGCACUUACAGUCCAGUAGGUUUAUAAGAAUAUCAGAGUAGUGAAUGAGAUUAAAAGCAUUUAAACCAGGCUGGAGAUAUUAAUUUAUGCUGAAUCAUGAAAAGACUGAAGGCCCAAUGAUAUGCUGUAUUUUGUUUACAGUGCGCACCUGUUUGUUCUUCUUUUCUUUCAAUCUUGAUGAGCCUUUGUAAUGCAUGAGAGUGUGCUGCUGGUCUCCCUUCCCCUCCCGCCCGCCCGCCCGCCUUGUUUCUGACCUGUUCACAUUCAGCUAACUAUGAAGUGUCUUUAUUAUUAAACGCAGAGCUCCUCCCUCUCUCAGUAUUAACGCUCCUCUCGGACCUGAAGGACGAGUUUGAAUCAACAAAUCAUGAUUUCACGUUGAAGUCGGAUCCUGAAGUGACUCUAAAUUUAAAAAAAAAAAUGAACGGAAGAAGAAGAAUAAGAAGAAGAAGAGGAGGAGGUUUGGGGCUCUUGUUUUGUUGCCAAAGAUCUCAGUAUUUUUAGUUAUAAAUAAAAGGGCAACAAACAUACUGACUGAAAGGCUGUUUGAAUCUGAAUUAUGUACACUUUCAUCAGCUGCCUGCCUGUGCAAAUAAUAAAUGCUAGUUUCCCUGA